GGGGGGGGGGGGUUGCGCUGCUUUGGUAGCUAUCAUUUCAGGGAAGUCAUUGAAGCGUUUCCGAGGGACCACAAAGUUUCUUUAGAAGCAUGAAUGCUCUUACUGAUAAACCUUACAGGAAGGAAAGUUUCAUUUCAUUUUUCAUGGAAAAUAAGUCUUGUCUACUGGGAAUAGUGAGAGAAUUGAUCGGUAAUGUUCUUGUGCUAAUAAAAUUUCAUUAUACCAGUUUUUUCACUAUACCUGUUUGUUGUUACCAGUAAUUUAGGUGGAAAGUGCAUGAAAAAUCGAGAUGCGGUUCUCGCUGGUAGGACGUAAGAUGCCAACAAACACAAAGCUGUGGCAAGAUCCAGUGCUGGGAUAUUUUGAAACUCAUGGAAAAAUGAAAUUCAUUGCUGGAGAAGACUAUGGCAUAAGUGAUGAGGAGAAAAAGGCUGUCUUAUGGCGAUAUCGUUUAAAAGAAAUUCUGAAAAAAGAAUAUCUUAGGCGAGAAUACGACCCACAUACUUUCAAGUACAGGGAAGGUGUAGUAAUUGAUCCAGCUGUUUUUCGCUGGUAUUCAGCCAAUUCAAUGCAAUACGAAUUUUUCCGUUACACCCCACGGUCUGUAUUCCUAUACGCUGGCUCGUUUAUCUUCGUGUUCUAUAUUCUGGCUAGAAUGAUGUUCCAAUUUGAGGAUCGUGGCCGUGACAUGUGUUUGGAUGGUGAGUUGCUGUGGUGGGAUCGUAUGUAUAAUCGUCACGUGAAUACGUGUGGCAACUACCAUUUCAGUCCAACAUUUGUGAAUUAAAGCCAUUUUGAUUGCCAGCAUUGGUGAAUUAAGAGCCAUUUUGAUCGAAGUUUUAAAUACUUCAGGCUUAUCGUUCAUAUGUUGUACAUAAAAUAGAUAAAUGAUUUUAUUUCCACAUGCAUGUCUGUCCUGACCUUGUAUCAGUUUUAGAUAUGAUUAAAGUUAUGGAUAUAUCAUAAAAUUCGAUGUAUGUUUGCUUGCACUUGUUGUUAGGAUACCUCAUAUGUAUAAAAUUUUAGUUGGGA